CAGAUAAAAUUUAGCGACCAUCGUGGUUCUUCCAACGCUAGGAGUACCUUUAUAUAUACGUAUGCACAACAACAGGGGAGUGGACUUCCAAAAUACCCAAGGCCGCCACCCAUCUCUCUCUCUCUCUCUCUCUCUCUCACUGUGUCAAAAAUCUUCUCGAUCUGCUGCAACAAGAAUGGAAGGUGGGGGUGAAUACAGAAGAGGGUUGUGGACAGCGGAGGAGGAUAGAAUCCUACUGGAUUACAUAAGGGUGCAUGGAAAAGGGAAGUGGAAUCGCAUCGCUAAAAUGUCAGGUUUGAAGAGGUGUGGCAAGAGUUGCAGAUUAAGGUGGAUAAAUUAUUUAAGUCCCAGUGUGAAGCGGGGUGAUUUCUCAGAGGAAGAAGAGGACCUCAUAAUUCGCCUCCAUAAGCUCCUGGGAAACAGGUGGUCUUUGAUCGCUGGGCGGGUACCUGGGAGAACUGACAAUCAAGUUAAGAACCACUGGAACUCUCAUUUGAGCAAGAAGCUCGGGAUCAAGAAGGGAAAAAUCAAAGGUGGUGCUUCUUUGCAGUCAAUCUCUGGAAAAAUGUUGCCGAAAAGUUAUAAUAAUAUUCCAUUAGAUUCAAAUUCUGAGCUACCUUCUGAUUACACUGGGGAAGCUGCAAGCGAGACCGUGAUUGAAGAUGGGUCUCAAAGUGUCAUUGGAGAUGGGUCUCAAAGCUUGUUGAGGCUUACUAGCACAGAAGAAGCCAUCGUAGACGAAAACUAUGGGUUUUCUUUUUGGUUCUCUCAUGAUGAUCUGAAUUUACAUACUACUCCUUAUUUAGCCGAGCCUCUAGAUGGAUAUUGUCUUGAUUUUGUUUGGGAUGGUUUGUAGAUCGACUUCCCUUCAUGUAGUGUAGUGUCAAUAACUAUUUAAUAAAUUAUUUUUGUCAUUUUUUCA